CAUUUUCUGCACGAUUAUGCACAGUUUGAAAUAUUUGUAAUCAGAUAGAAAUUUGCUGGUUCAACGUCCGUGGGGAACAUCACAAGGUCUGAUUCAUAUUUAAGGAAUUCUGCGCCCGGCAGACGUCUUUCAGUCGGCGUUGCCCGCGCGAAAACAAGUCUGCAGUAUUUAUUGCGUUAGAAAUCUCUGGAUGCUCGGUGCAGGUGGUUUGGACGCGACACGUUCACGAUGAAGGUUUUAGUUGUUCUGGUCGUUUUAGCCGUGGCCUGCAGUGGCGCACUGGCCCGCAGGAAGGCGGUGAAGAAACUGCCUCAUCAUCAGCCAUUUUCAGCUGAUUUGAUUAGUUACAUCAAUGAGCUGAACACCACAUGGCGAGCUGGCCGCAGCUACAUGGACCAUCUGCCGUUGCACCAAGUGAAGCGCAUGUGCGGUACCAUUCUGGGCGGACCCCGUCCCCCGGUGAUGCUGCACGCCAAGAACGGCUACAAGGAUCUGCCCAAGGACUUCGACGCCCGCACGCAGUGGCCCAACUGCCCCACCAUCCAGGAGGUGCGCGACCAGGGCGCCUGCGGAUCCUGCUGGGCAUUCGGUGCCACCGAAGCCAUGUCCGACCGUAUCUGUGUCCAUUCCAAGGGGAAAAUCAAUGUUCAUGUGUCGGCCAUUGAUUUGGUCACCUGUUGUCAUCGAUGCGGAUUCGGGUGUGACGGUGGUUUCCCCGGUUCCGCCUGGGACUACUGGGUGUCGGACGGUCUGGUGAGCGGUGGUAACUACAACAGCAACCAGGGCUGCCGACCCUACACGAUCCAGUCAUGCGAGCACCACAUCAACGGCUCCCUGCCGCCCUGCGGACCCACCCAGGACACGCCGUCCUGCGAUCAGAAGUGCGAGCAGAGCUUUAACGACACCUACAAGCACGAUAAACAUUUCGGUGGUAAAUCCUACUCAGUUAACUCGGAUCCCACCCAGAUCCAGAUGGAAAUCUUCACCAACGGCCCGGUGGAAGCCGCCUUCACCGUGUACGCUGACUUCCUCAGCUACAAAUCAGGUGUGUACCAGCACAAGAGCGGUGCGGAAUUGGGCGGUCACGCCGUGAAGAUCCUGGGUUGGGGUGAGGAAGACAGCACGCCCUACUGGUUGGUGGCCAAUUCGUGGAAUCCCGACUGGGGUGAUAAGGGCUUUUUCAAGAUCCUCCGCGGAUCCGACCACUGCGGUAUUGAGAGCGAAAUCACCGCUGGAUUACCUUAAAUGAUGCCAGUGCAGCACUGCAGCGUGAUCUUAAUGUUUCAUCGAGAAAUGGUUGUCAGUUUCGAUAUCGGCUUGUGAUAGUGUUUUGUCUCUUUUACGGAAUUCUUCUAACAAUGUUUUUACUGCUUUCGGAUCAUGUCCGGAAGGUUUUUUAGUAUCGCAUGGUUUCUUAGUUUUAUAAGUUUUCUGUCAUUAAAACAAGCGAAAGAAA